AUGACUUCCACUGUUCUUGUUACUGGAGCCAGUGGCUUCCUAGGCCGUGCUGUCUUCAACACUUUCCAACACUCCGGCGUGUUGGUCGUUGGGCAGGGAUUCUCCCGCGCUGCCCCGCCUACUCUUCUGAAGGCCGAUCUCGAGAAAGAUGAAGACAUCAAGAUGCUGUUUGACGAAGUCAAGCCCCAGAUUGUCAUCCAUUGCGCCGCGAACAAGUCCCCCGACCUCUGCGAGAAGAACCCGGACCAAGCCCGCAGAGUCAACGUCGAAGCUACACGUAAAUUAGCUGCAGAGUGCCAUUCCACAGGUGCCUUCCUCAUCUAUAUCUCCACCGACUAUGUCUUCCCCGGCACCGAAGGCGACGCACCCUACGAGACAGACUCCCAGACCAAUCCUCCCAACCUCUACGGCCAACUGAAGUUGGACGGCGAGAAGGCCGUUCUGGAGACCAUUGGCGACUCCGGUCUGGGCGUUGUCCUGCGCGUGCCCGUGUUGUACGGAAAUGCCAAGGAGAACUCCGAGAGCGCGGUCAACACCCUUGUCGACGCUGUCAAGAAGGCCACCGAGGAGGGUGCCAAUGUGACAAUGGACGACUGGGCUCUGCGCUACCCCACCAACACGGAGGACGUUGCACGUGUCUGCCGUGACAUUGUCAUCAAGUACCUGCGCGAGAAGGAGAAGCGCAAGGAGCUCCCUCGCGUCUUGCAGUUCUCGUCCGAGGACCGAAUGACCAAGUAUGAGAUUUGCCAGAAAUUGGCUCAGGUUCUGGGCGUCUCGAUUCCCGGUAUGAUCGCCAACAAGCAGGGCAAUGAUCCCAAUGCUGGUGUUGUGCGACCUUAUGAUACCCAUCUUUCGACCAAGGCACUGACCGAGCUGGGGAUUGACGUGCGGACAAUGGAUUUCAUUGCAUGGUGGCGUCGCGAGUUGGGCGCGAACAGAAAAUAA